CAAAAUACAAACAACAAAACAACACAAUAUAAACUACAAGAGCUGCAGACAACAUGUAUAGUGGAAAUUUGUGGAUUUUUCUUUUAUUGUUAGGUAUAGCAGAGCUGCUGGCAUUUGGUUUAAAUCGAAGCACUAGCUACGCAGCUGAAGAAACGCAGCUAAGUAUAAAUUCCAUUAAAGUACCGUUAGUUACACAAACUAUAUUUGGUCAACGACUGCGCCGCAAUAAGAGCCCAGCAGAAUUCAUCUUGGUAAACCAUCGAGUUGCUGUCAGUGCGCGACGAGGUCAUAAGAGAUUUACCGAGGGACGCCUAACGGUUGAUUCGGAUCCUGUCAAGCAGUACUAUCCAGAAACUGCAAGGCUCUCCGACGUUUGUUUGGGAAGCACCAUACCCUAUGGCAUACCUAAGGUUAUGAAGUGGAUCAAGCAAUUCAAUCACAACAAUGAGCUAAGUGCGCGGCCAUUUUACAUUGAUCUGCGCAGGAAAAUAUUCGACGAUGGCAAUUCCGAGGAGUGCCAUAAACUGAGUAUGACGCACUGGAAGGCUUUUCAAGAAUGCCAGCUGCGUCGUAAUCAGCGCAUGGAAUACAACGUGCCACAAUAUCCGCAUCAUCAAAAGCAACUGACAUAACAGACAUAAUUUU